AUGCCCUGCUUCAAGGGCAUCGCCGUCAGCAUCCAUGCCAACUCGGCUCCUAUUGCUGAGUAUGGCAUGCAAAAGCAGUCUCGUCUCUCGCGCAUUAGCACCUAUAUACCUGUUCCUCAGCCCCAGCUAAACCCUGACACUUCGAAGCAUGAGCCUGCCAAAUUCGCCAUAUCCAUCACGCUGCUCACUCCCGGUCACCCUAUUCCCUAUACCACUCCGAAGACGACGCCUGACUGCCCGAAUCCCAAGCCCCUCUACGCCGGUCCUCUACCUUCUUCGAGCACAGACCCUUCGAAACAUGCCAACACGGUCACGCCCUAUAUCCCCAUGACCCACUCAGAGAAUGAGACCAUUGCCGCCUACAUCUACUUCGACGGGCGAGCGAAAGAAGAAGUUGCUACACUUCUGCGCCCUGGUGAGGAGACCUGGGUUAACUCUCGCUGGGUUCAAGUACCUGAAAGCGAAGGCGGCGGUCUUGCCGAGAGAGAAUUCUUAUUUCGCGAGGUCGGCUUGGAAAGGUGGCUCAAUGGUCUUGAUCUAAAAGGCCAUGAUGCCGCUGAAAAGGUAGAAAAGAGAAGGCAAAAGUUCGAACGGCGACACCGCCGUCAAAAGUCGAGCGCUCAGGCUGGCGACGACCUGGAUCUUGAGAAGACCCGCCGAACGCGAGACACCCUCACUUACCGCUCGGACGACCAGGCCCCGCUGGGAACCACUGACGACGAUGAUGACUCCCUCUCAGAUGACGACGAGCCACCCGAGGCUACCGGCCAGAUCAAGGUCGCCAUGUUCAGAGUGAUUGCGUCGGGUGAGAUAAAAAAGGGUGAAUACUCACCACAGUUUGAUGCCCAUGAUGACGAUGAUGACAGCGAUAGUGGCAAUAAGGAGGGAAGUAACGGCGCUAUCGACGCCGAUGUUGAGCACACUACUAGCUUCGCGAAGCCAAAGACGCUCGACCCCAAAACGAUUAGCACACAGACAGUCACAGGUAUCGACGGCCCCGAAAAGCCUUAUGCAGUCUUUACAUUUUUCUACCGCGGCCAGCGACAACUUCAGAAAAUGGGGAUAGUUCCGGGACCAAAAGAGUCUCAGAAGACACCUGGCAGUAAGCGACGGUCGACGUUGGACUUUUCGGGGCUUGGCCCGUUGAAAACAACAGGCACCGUGGGGUUCUCGGCGUUCAGAGAUCAAGAAACGGAAGCCGCGAAUCGUCGCAAGGCGCGGAGGAAGAGUAACGGUUACGCCGGUGGUGGGAUGGAUGAUGAUAGUGACGAAGAUGACGCCGACGAGGAGAAUCCGCUGGCCAAGAUGGAAGACGUCGAUGAUAAGGUCAUCAAGACGCAUCUUGAGCCCGAGGAUGCCAAGGUGACGGGAGAGUUACAGGCAGGCAUUGACAGGAUUCGACUCAAGCGUCAGCACUCGGCGGAGCCUGACUCUAUCAAUCGCAAAUCACCCAGUGCUGGACCUCAAGGUGGAGAUUCAACACCCCCAGAGACAGCACAGCCUAAUCAACCUGCUCCUGACACUGCGCCCAGUUUGUUGUCUCAAGCUUUCACAGCCGAGUCUACUAUCGGCAGUCCGAUGAAGAAGCACAGAGCCAGUGCAGACGGCACGGCAGAGGAUCGAUCAGCGAAUUUCCCCUCGGCUCUUGGGGAUGUGCUAGGUAGAGCUAAUGCAGAUCAACAGAUGAAGAAGUCGGUGCCAGCAGUGCAAAUCACUGAGGACGAGGAGUUGUAG